AUGUCGACCCCAACAUCGACUUCAGAUACUGCGUCUCAGGCUUUUUUGCCUGGUUCUUCUAAUAACGUUCUACCCGGAAGUUAUCUGCCAGCUAAAAGUCAUUACGAAGCUUAUCCUCAUGCUGCCGGAGCAUUAUCGGCGGAUCAAGGGGGUAAAAACGAAAGCGGAAAACAGACUUACCCGAUACUAAUCAGCGCCAUAUCCGAAAUUCCCAGUGCGCGGCAUCUUGGCCAGUACCGGUGGAAAGAAGCUGAAACAAUUCUCUGGAGUUUCGAUGUGCGCCAAAUCAGUCUAGUCAUUCAAUUCGGCUUCUUUCAUGACAACAAUCAACCGCGCCAGAUACUUCUGCAACGGAGUUCUAAUGUUCUCGAUUCGCUUCUGAAAUCUUUAUUACCACCAUAUGAAUCGGGGAUCAUCCCUAGCUUGACACUGAAUCAAAAAGUCGAAGAGAUCUUUCAACGAUGUCAGCCAACUAUCAUAUCUAUGAAUUUGCAUUGGGGUUGGUAUCCAUCGGAAACUCUUCUAGGGCCAGAACCGGCUAUUAUUGCAGAGGAGAUUGAAGCUGAGAGUCAAAUGCAUUUCAAAGCCGUGCCGUUUGAGGCUUGGGUGAGAUGCUCGUUGGGAUUUCCGGCGGCUGAGGCACAUUGGUUCUUUUUGCAGCAUAAUGCGUUGUACAUUAUUCUUUUGAAUAAUUUACAGGAGUAUCCAUAUGAGCUUCCGAAGUAUCGGGAAGUCGAGAAGCUUCUUCGACAAAAAAGCCCCUUUGCCCACAAAGCUGUUUUGCAAUGUCUUAGACAUUUCCCAGACGCAAAAGGAGAAACCCCCAAAUUACCCAACAAGCCAAGUCUUGACUUUAUUGCCGGCCCUAUACAAGAAUUGUUUCAGGAUUAUACCGCCGAUCUGGUCUCUAUUCUGAAAAAGCUCAGUGUCAUCAACAUCCGAUUUCGACAGACGUACAUCCAUGUCCCCAAGGUGAACUGGAACAAGAGACUGGACACACGAGCGAAAUAUCUAGAUGAGUGGUUGAAGGCUUUGUCACCCAAAGACUUGGCGAGGUCUUUGACGAGGGCCGAUAAUCAGCUGUUUGGGCAGUUGUCGCGCGAAGCGCUCACGGAUGAUCAGAAUAAAAUCCCUGAUAUGCUCCAUGCGCGAUGGGGUGAUUUGGUCAUGGCUGUUAGGGAGUGUUGUACUGCCAUGCCGGAUUUUGUACAGUUUAUACAGGAAUGCAUUCAGAUCCUCUAUAACAUGCGAAACUAUAACUCGACUCUAGCUCUAAUCCAAGGCCUCCAACACAUCAGCAUAAACUUCCUCUGGGUCAAUCCAACCAAUACCACCACUACCACCACUACUAUGACUAACACUCAACCCGAAAUUCAAACAGUCAACAUAUACUCUCUCACACCACCGAAUGUAUCCUACAUAGCGGACCCAUCCAAUAACUACGCCUCAUACCGAUAUGCAAUGAAAGUUACACCAGGCAUACCAUUCCUGCUACCACACAUAAUCGAAUAUCGACAACGCGGCGUAGCGGCUCUUGAUGAGUUGUUCGGCACUACAUAA